AUGGCAAGGACAGAAACAGGCAUCCAACAGUAUGAAAAAGAGAGAACAGCACAUGCUGAUGAUGUCACCUGGCCAGAGAGCAAACUGAGAGCACAGACAAUAAUUUGGGUUGCUCACACAGGAGAAACCAAACAGCAGUUUUCUUUUCAUUCAGUGACACCAGGGUCCUAUGGAUUUUCUACCCAGCUGGCCCAAGAAGAUCACGAACCACAUCGUCCUGAAUUUCCUGGUGAGCUUCUUCUCAACUGCAAUCUGGCUGGCCAUGACGUAGACCCAAUUUCCAUCAGUAGUCAGACAUAUCUAGGCAUUGGUUGCUCACUGUUUGGUGUAGGGCUGCAUUACAAGCUGUGCAAAGUGAGGAAGAUUACUGUGGGGACAAAGGGAAUUCCACACCUGGUGACUCAUGAUGCUCUAACCAUUUGCUACCCAGAUCCUGUCAUCAAACUGAAUGAUGCUGUGCAGAUUGAUUUAGGGACUGGCAAGAUAACCAGCUUUAUCAAAUUUGACACAGGCAAUGUGUGUAUGGCGAUUGGUGGAGCUAACCUCGGUUGUGUUGGUGUGAUCAUAAACAGGGAAAGACAUCCCGGUUCUUUCGAUGUGGUGCAUAUGAAGGAUGCCAGUGGCAACAGCUUUGCCACAAGGAUUUCCAACAUUUUUGUCAUUGGCAAUGGUUAUAAACCUUGGAUUUCCCUGCCCAGGGGAAAGGGCAUCCGACUUACUAUUGCUGAAGAGAGAGACAAGAGGCUGGCUGCCAAACAGAGCAGUGGCUAA